CGAGAACGGUUCAUCAGAGAAGCGCGGUGGUUUCUGUUGUGUAAACUAUUAUUCUGCUCUACUCGAUUAUUCAUUCGGUCAUCACCGUAAACAGGCGCUAUCUUCUUCCCGACUUUACCCAUUCCACUUCUCUUCAUUCAACCACCACCACCACCACCUCCUCCUCCUCCAACUACAACAACCAUGCCCAGUCUACCGUACAACCUCCCAGAGCAUACAAUCCAGCUCACACUCCAAUACCUCCUUCCCCCCGUCCCUCCCCUCCCAGCCCACCUCCUCUCCACCCCACUCAGACAACGUCAUCUCCUCUUACACACCUCCUCCGGAUCCUACUUCUGCUGGCCAACAUCCUGUCCCUCCCCAGACCGUCUUCUCUCCCUCCUCGAAUCCCUCUCCUCUUCCUCCCUUUCCCCCUCCAGGAUCUCCAGACCGGGGUAUACGAUGCCCGAUGCGCAUACCUUGCUCGCCUGUGUCGACCUCGGGGGGUUGGUACGCCUCGUAUGGCGCUGGGAAGGUGAGAGGGGUGAAUGGGGGUAUCAUGAUGCCAUGCUCCUUCCUGCACCACUCGGGACCCCAGUGUUCCCCUACUCAGAUAUAGGGGAAGCGAUCGCCGCCUUGCCCCGGACGCCGCGGACUCCAGAAACGAAGGAAGAGGAAGAGGAAUACGGGACGAUCCGCGCGACGCAUGCUGCUGCUCAGGCGCCGGCGGGGUACUGGGGGUCUAGGUCACCCUCCCCUGAACGAGAGGAGGGGGAAGGAGAAGGGGAAGGGGAAGGGGAAGGAAGGGAAGACGCUUACUGGUCCCGAUAUUCCCAAGUUGGGGGAACGGCGGACUCUACCGUUCCCUCGCCCGUCAACCCCGAGAAGCUGCUCGCUCGCUCCCCGGGGAACAGGGAGAAGGAAGACAGUACCACUCUUGAAGAACGGUUUCGCCGGUUGGAGAGGGAGAGGGAGAGGAUGGACGUCGAUAUGCGCGACGUGAGGGAGCUGGAUGAGAGGUAUGAGAUCCCUUCCCACUCCCAACCCCGUCCUAGGGAGCAGGAGGUGGUGCUCAAUUCAGGCGUGGGCACACCGGUAAAACGAUAUCCUCCUAACGGGCCUACCGUCGUCGUCGCCGACCCCCACUCGCACUCGUACUCCAGCGUGCACGGGAACGAGGGAGACAAGCCGCUGGAAGACGCCCUCCGCGGGCUGUGGCAUAUGUUCAGGUCUGCAACGGACGCGUGCGACGAGGGGGACGGGAGUAGGGAGAGGUUCUUGCGUGCUGCGAGGAGGGUUGUUGAUGGUCGGUAGUGCGUCUUUGCUCGACAGGCUCGGAAGGCGUGCGGCGGUAAACGCUGUCCUUGUAGGAUGCGUCCUAACGAAGCCGACGACACAGCGUAACGCGUACGGGUGGAGAAAUAAUCUGGAAAUAACGGCUAGGCUAGGCCGAGGAAAGAGAUACCCUACUUAACUUAUAUUGAACCGACUAGUGGGAUUCGUAUUGGUAUUGUAUAUUGUAUAUGUACGCAAGUCGGAAAGUCUCACCACUUUGUCCCAAUCUG